AUGAUAGAAGAGGAGCAUAGCGAGGACUUUGUGAUGAGUGAUCUUCAUACAGAACCUCCAUCAACUGGUCUGGAAAUCUCGGCUAUUCAUCGAACAAGAAGACCGAUGACGAGUAAUAGCAUGGUGUAUCAUCCGGAAGUGAAGGAAGGCACCCUCGACAGAUCCAAGAUCGACAAACGUGAAAAAAUUGGAGACUAUCAAGUGGACGCGAUUGACGAUACUCACAAUGACGAUCAUUUCUAA